GCUGAGUCUGGUCUCAUCCCCUGCGGUCUCAUCUUUUCUGUUUCGCAUCUGUCAGUCGUCUGUAUCCGGGCUGUCAAGGAACGAAGCGGUGACUUAACACUUCUGUACUGUAGAAAUAUUUUGCAGAAAACGUUUGCAGUAAUAUGCCAUAUUAACUGUAAGGGACUGGAACAAACACUACUUCACACAACAGAAAAGCAGAGGGCCUGAUAACCACAGCCGGAUGCCAUGUUGUCCAGACUGAGGGCGUCGAUGGCACUGCGACCCUGUGUGAGCGCGUGCCGCUGGACUCACACCAAAGAGAAGGGCAAGCCUCUAAUGCUGAACCCCCGCACCAACAAGGGCAUGGCCUUCACACUGUUGGAGAGGCAGAUCCUGGGUCUGCAGGGUCUUCUGCCACCCAAGAUUGAGACUCAGGACAUUCAGGCCAUGCGCUUCCAGAGGAACCUGAAGAAGAUGACAGACCCACUCGAGAAGUACAUCUACCUGAUGGGGAUCCAGGAGAGGAACGAGAAGUUGUUCUACCGUGUGCUGAUGGAGGACAUAGAGGACCUCAUGCCCAUAGUCUAUACCCCCACCGUGGGGUUGGCCUGCACACAGUACGGUCACAUCUUCCGGAGACCCAAAGGCCUGUUCAUAUCUAUCUUGGACCGAGGACACAUUCGCACCAUUCUGGACAACUGGCCAGAGAACAAUGUGGCGGCAGUGGUGGUGACGGACGGGGAGCGGAUUCUGGGCCUGGGGGACCUGGGGGUGUUUGGGAUGGGCAUCCCCGUGGGGAAGUUGUGCCUGUACACCGCCUGCGCUGGGAUCCGACCUGAGAGGUGCCUCCCGGUGGUCAUUGACGUGGGAACCGACAACGAGACCCUUCUGAAGGACCCAUUCUACAUGGGUUUAUACCAGAAGCGGGAUCGUUCCCAGCUUUAUGAUGACCUCAUCGAUGAGUUCAUGGAGGCAGUUGUGGACAAGUAUGGCCAGGACACCCUGAUCCAGUUCGAAGACUUCGGAAAUCACAACGCCUUCCGCUUGAUGCGGAAAUACCGCGAGAAAUAUUGCACCUUUAACGACGACAUCCAAGGCACUGCAGCCGUGGCUCUGGCGGGGCUCCUGGCGGCUCAGAGAGCCAUCGGAAAACCAAUCACCGAACACAAGGUCCUGUUCUGUGGAGCAGGGGAGGCUGCCCUGGGUAUUGCCAACCUGAUUACCAUGUCCAUGGUGGAGAAAGGUUUGACCCAAACUGAAGCCAGGAAGAAGAUCUGGAUGUUUGACAAGUAUGGUCUUCUAGUGAAGGGCCGAACCCAGGAAAUCGACAGCAACCAGGAGGUCUUUGCUCACGAAGGGCCUGGAAAUGUUCAGAGCUUCUUGGAGGCAGUCAAUGUCAUCCAACCCACAGCCAUUGUUGGUGUGUCCGGAGCUGGACGCCUCUUUACCCACGAUGUCCUCAAAAAGAUGGGCACCCUAAAUAAACGGCCAAUCGUCUUCGCCCUGAGCAACCCCACCAACAAGGCCGAGUGCACAGCAGAAGAAGCCUACACCCUUACAGACGGCCGGUGUCUGUUUGCCAGCGGAAGUCCGUUCGACCCGGUCACCUUGGCUGACGGACGUGUGUUCACGCCCGGACAGGGGAACAACGCCUACAUAUUCCCAGGUGUAGCCUUGGCUGUGAUCCUCAGCGGUGUGAGACACAUCAGUGACACAGUCUUCCUGGAGGCCGCCAAGACUCUGGCCGACCAGUUGACUGACGAAGAGCUGGCGGAGGGGAGACUCUACCCCCCGCUGUCUAACAUCAGGGAAGUCUCUCUCCAGAUGGCGGUUAAGGUGGUCCAGUUUGUGUACGCCAACAACAUGGCCUUCCGCUACCCAGAGCCCAAGGACAAGGACAAGUUCGUCAGGUCAACAGUAUGGAACAUCAACUACGACUCAUUCCUCCCCGACAUAUAUGAGUGGAAAGGGAUGAACCCCCCUCCAGAUCACUAGAGUCCUGGGCCUGAUGUGGGGGAGUUAAGAUCAGGAUUUUAUCAGCGUCUCUCUUCCCUUUUGUCCAAAAACAGCCACUACGUUUUGGGGUACACACAAAAAAAAGAACGUGACUUGAGACGAAAGAUGAAUAUGCACAAAGACAACAGUUAGGUAGAGAGAGGGGUCAAACUGGGGUCAUGGGGAAAGACUUGGAGGUGGGAGGGAGGACAAUUUAAAUGGCUUUUUUAGCAGGAGUGGGCAAGCAGUUUCGCUCAAGGGCCAAGUCGGGAUUUCAAAUUUCAACAGAGUGCCUAAGACUGUUUUAAAUUAAUGUGUUUGUCAAAAUUUAGUUGCCGGUGACAAAUAGGGCAGUUCAAAAGUAAAAAAAAACAGAAUAUUUUUAUGCUCUUAUUUAUUUAUUUGGAUUUUUAACCUACUCUUCAUUUUUGUGUGUUGUUUUUUGUUUUAAUAGUAUAGAGAAGGAUACUAGUAUAGAGAAGUAUAGCUACUCCAACAUACUGUAUGAGAUUACUCCAAGCCUUGGAGACCUUGCUUACUAGUUAAAAUGUUUAUGCAACAAUAUCGGAUAAAUAUUAUAACUGAUAGUUGAAAGGCUUUUGCCAUUUUAAGAAAUGCACAUCCCCACAUGAAAUAAUAUUCUGUGUGUAAUAUAUACGUCUUGUUUAUUAUAUGUUACUUAAGCACUUGUGUGUUUUUUGCAGUGAGUUAACAUGGCGGUGUGAAAUGGCUCCUAAUAGCUGAUAUGUAGGGAAAUGAACUGUGACAACUACAUCAACCAUGUCUUUAUCUGCAAAGUGUCCCUAAUUGGAUUCUUAGUAUUUAUUCAGAUUCUGGUGCAAAAAAUAUUCUGUUGCAAAAUAUUUGGUAACCGAGAGUAUGUAUUCCAAACGGCAAACUAUUUGCAAUGAAAGCAAGACAUUAUUGGACAAAUUGUGGAAGGUUCCUUCUCAUUUUGUCUGUUUUGCUCUCUUUGCUUCCGUUUGAUUCCUAGAGUAAAUGGUUUCCAUUGCGAAUGAAAAGAUUUUCAACAGACCAUAUGUUUUUGCACCGUAAUCCAGCUAAUCAACGCACUCUUCUGAUCAUAUCACAGGGAGUUUCUCCAGACUAAAGGCCACGCACAGUGGAACCACCCAUUAGACCACACUCCUUUACAGAAGAUUCACUUGCUGAAGUGUCUUUAUGUUUCAUGGGCAUUCGCACAGUUUUACAGUACAAAGAGCCUGAUGCAGCAGCAUUGCUGUGGUUGAUAUAAGAUCCAUUGAUUAAAAUAUAAAUGUCUUGAACACUGCAGUCAGACAUGUCAAGGCUGCAUACGUUUUCCAAACACCUUUUCAGUUUGUUACCCAUUAGCCUCGUUUUAAAACAGAGCUGUACAGAGCUGUUUUCCCUGGGUGAGAGGAGGAGGAUAUGAAAGCGAAAAGGUUAUUUGGAUAAACAAGCUGAAAAAGACAGCUAAAGUUAAGAUUCGCAGGUCUGUAGACUUUUGAGAGUGUUUAGACAGAUGAUUGGCUUCUAUCCAUCUGAACUGAAGUGCCUGCGUAGGCGAGGUAACUCCACUUAUACACUCCUCACUGUUCAGCACCUACAUAGCCAAAGAACAAUGUAACACAGCAGAUGAAAAGAUGUAUUAUGAAUCAGCUGAUGCUAUUUCUGUAUUGAGAUAUAUAUAGGCUAAUUAUAUAUCUUGUAUUAUUAUUAUUAGGCAGUUCCCUUCUGGUUGAUCAAACAUGUCUAAAUCACUAAUGUACCAUCUUAGACCUGUUGACUUUCCAGUGCAUCAAUAAAUUUUUGUCCCAUUCAGUGGCUGUGUUGGUCCGUAUGCCUGCGCCCUAGGUCUGCCACUGAAAAUACUACUUUGUCUGUAUUGUGUACUAUGUGGUGCUUUGUUUUGUCAUUGUUCUUCACCCUUCACUCCUAAAUGUCCUGGUAAAACUGUUCUCUCACCCAUGUUCCUUCCUCCUUUGUGAGCGUAUACAUUCUUUGUUGUUACGCAGUGUGGCCUUAGCACAAAGCUGUUCCAGAUUGUGUGUGUGCUGUUACAAGUGCAGAAUUAAAAUGACUUUUUACCAGUU